UCGUAGGAUAUCCUUCUAUAUUUUCUUGCCAGGGCUCACAAACCUCUGCCUUGGUUCGGACAGACAGUUGGCAAACAGGUUUUGGAGUUCUGAUUGAAGGCAGAGUGAGAAAGAAAGAAAGAGAGCUUCUUCAAUUCAAUCUCUUCGUUUCUUCCAUUACUCAAGAGCAUAAAGAGAGAUGGGUUACUGGAAAUCCAAGGUUCUGCCCAAGAUCAAGAAGGUCUUUGAGAAAAACGGUGGUAAGAAAGCUGCUGCAGAAGCAUGCAAGACCUUUGAUGAUUCAAAGGAGGCCAUAGAUAAGGAGUUUGAAGAGAAGAAGACCGAUCUCCAACCCAAAGUGAUUGAAAUCUAUGAAGCUUCAUCAACUAAUAUUAAGACUGUGGUGAAAGAACGCAAGGAUGCUGAAAUCAAGAAGAACUCAUCUGAAGUUCAGAAAUUCAUAGAGGAAUUAGUGAAAAUUGAUUUCCCAGGAUCAAAGCCAGUAUCUGAAGCAUGCACAAAAUUCGGGCCCGCUUUAGUCCCGGGCCCGGUUUUCUUCAUCUUCGAGAAGGUAUCGACAUUCAUAGUAACAGAAGAGAAAGAAGCUCCACCAACAACGACAACAGAGGGGACGGUGGCAGUAGCUACUGAAGAAACGAUCAAAGAAAAGGAGAAGGAAAUUGUUAUUGAAGAAGAAAAGAAGGAAGAAGAGAAAACCCUUGUUGAGGAAGUUGCUGAAAAGAAAUCCGAACCGACUCCAUCUGAGAAAGCCAAGGUGGAGGAAGAAGCCCCAAAGCCAUAGAGAAAUCCAUUUUCAAUGGAUUAUUAUUCAUCUCUCCACUCUCUGUAAAACUAAACUACACUUGUUACAUGAUUUCUUAUUCUUUUCUUCUUCUUCUUCUUCUUGCUGUUGGUAUUUCCAUUUCCAUGUAUGUUUGUGAGUUUUUACUUGAAGUUUUGGGAGAUUGGGGUUCUUUGCUUUUAUGUUUUUUCAUAAAGAAGAAGCUCUGUAAAAACGAGCUGUAUUUGUUUGGAUUAGGGUUUGUUGAAAUCACUUCUGUAAUUAGCUGCCUACUACCCUCCGUUUUCACGUUAUAAUUCAGAUAUCUUCUUUGUCGUUUUGUUCUUU